GAAAGGAAACUGGUUACGAAAGAGAAGGCGCGUGUCACUGGAAGGUUGUGAAGAAUUUACUAGUAAAAGUUUUAGGGGAAAAUACAAAGACAUAACUAGGAGAUGUGUGCUGCACAAGUGAUGAGAGCUGUCCGUGUGUCUCAGUUUGGAGGGCCUGAGGUUCUGAAGCUGAUGACUGAUGUUCUGAUACCAAGGGUUGAUAAAGGACAGGUGCUAAUCAAGCUACAUGCUGCAGGAGUCAAUCCAGUUGAUACGUACAUCAGAAGUGGUACAUAUGCCAGGAAGCCACAGCUGCCUUAUACACCUGGAGCAAAUGGCGCUGGGAUUGUUCAUUCAAUCGGGGAUGGUGUCACACAGUUCAAGGUUGGUGACCGUGUAUACACCUUCUCCAGUCUUACAGGAACAUAUGCUGAGUUUACAGUGUGUAAUGAGAAUGAUGCCUUUAAGCUGCAUGAUGAGCUUUCAUUCACCCAGGGUGCCGCUCUAGGGGUGCCUUAUUUUACAUCCUACAGAGCACUAUUUCACAGGCUACUUGUUCGCCCUGGUGAGACAGUUUUAGUGCAUGGUGCAAGCGGAGGGGCUGGGACAGCAGCCUGCCAGCUUGCUAGGGCUCAUGGGCUGGUUGUCAUAGGAACAGCAGGCACUCCUGAGGGUGAAGAGAUUGUGCGUAAAGCGGGUGCUCAUUAUACUUUUAACCAUCAUAGUCCAGAUUAUGUAGAUAAAAUAAAGGAAGUAACAGAAGGAAAAGGUGUUGAUGCAAUUGUAGAAAUGCUUGCUAAUGUGAACCUUCACAAGGAUCUGCAGCUGCUGGCAACUGGAGGCAGAGUUGGGGUGGUUGGUAACAGAGGAAAUAUUGGAAUCUGCCCUCGUGAUCUUAUGGCUAGAGAAUCGAGUAUAUUUGGAGUGAUGCUGAUGAAUAUCAACCAUGAAGAGAAAAAGGAGACUAUUGCAGCAUUAAAUGCUGGAGCAGAGGCUGGUUGGUUAAGGCCUAUAAUUGGCCGUGAACUCUCUCUAAGUGAAGUAGUUCAAGCACACACAGAGAUUAUUGAAACUAAAGGAGCACAAGGGAAAAUGGUGUUGACCAUCUAGUUUAAUCUGUUUUAAUAUUUUUAUGAUUAAUUGUAGUAGGUAUAAUAAUGUUUAAAUUCAUAAAUUGUACAUAAGGUUAAAAGUAAAAACAAUGUCUGCAGGAAGAGAUCCAAUUAGGAACAAGGGCAGAUUCAGGGGUGGAUUGGGUGGCCACCCCCCUUUGGAGAUGAAAAAUGAUUAGAAUCAGGGGUGAAUCCAGGGGAUGUCCUGUAGUGCACCAGACACCCCCCUAAUGCCAUUAUUGUUAUUACACUUUUUUGAAGCAAUGAAGAAACAUUUACGAUGCAUAAUAUCUCUGUAUACAUUUCUUCAUUUAGGAUCCACCCCUGAGAGUAAAGAAAAGAGUAAAACCUAAAAAGGGUGCUAUGUGACGUCAUUCACACAGCACCGAGGGGGUCGUAAAGUGUGCAUUUAACUGUAGUCCAGCAUAACUGAGCUAUGAUACUUAGUAUUCCUUAGGAAUCAAAGUAAUUAACACAAUAUUAAUCUGCUUUUUGUGCACUCUAGCUAAUCCAGAAAAAAAAUGUAAAAAAGAUCUACAGAAGGUUGUUAAAAAAUGGUAAAGAAAACUAGUGGGCUUAGUGAUAUAGGGAAAAAAUUCCAAAACCCCCUCUUUGUGCUUUGAGUAAAAUUUAGAAAUCUUA